AUUGCUCAUUUUAGACCAGUUGUGAAUUUUGAGUGAAGUAACUGGAAAAGUAGAAUCCAGGAGGGCCAUGAACAAGAUGAGCUCCCAGCCGCUGUGGACCAUGUGGGCACAGUUUCUCCUGCUGUGGCUGCUGCUACUGCCUGUUCCCUGGGCAGAGACCAGGAGGUCCAGAGGCUCGAUGCCCUGUCCGGUGGCUUCGGCGGUGUGCGGCAGCGACGGACGCACCUAUCCCAGCCUGUGCGCGCUCCGGAAGGAGAACCGAGCCGCGCGCCUGCGGGGCUCGCCCCCGGCAGUGCCUGUACAGAAGGGAGGCUGCGGGGACACAGGGACCAGAAGUGCUGGGAGGCUCCGGAAGAAGUUUAACUUUAUUGCCGCAGUGGUGGAGAAGGUGGCGCCAUCUGUGGUUCAUUUGCAGCUAUACCGCAGAUCACCUCUCACCAACCAGGAAAUCCCUUCCUCCAGUGGCUCUGGGUUCAUUGUGUCUGAGGAUGGGCUCAUCAUCACCAAUGCCCAUGUCCUCACCAACCAUCAGAAGAUCCAGGUAGAGCUCCAGAGUGGGGCCCAGUAUGAAGCCACUGUCAAAGACAUCGACCAUAAACUGGAUCUUGCACUGAUUAAGAUUGAGCCAAAUACUGACCUUCCUGUGUUGCUGCUGGGGAGAUCAUCUGAUCUCCGUGCCGGAGAGUUCGUGGUAGCUUUGGGCAGCCCGUUUUCCCUGCAGGACACAGUGACUGCCGGGAUUGUCAGCACCACACAGAGAGGCGGCAAAGAGCUGGGACUGAAGGAUUCAGACAUAGACUAUAUCCAGACAGAUGCCAUCAUUAACCACGGGAAUUCUGGGGGGCCAUUGGUGAACUUGGAUGGUGAUGUGAUUGGUAUAAACACACUGAAGGUGACUGCAGGAAUCUCCUUUGCGAUUCCCUCGGAUCGGAUCAGACAGUUCCUGGCAGACUAUCACGAGCGCCAGUUGAAAGGAAAGGCCCCCUCACAGAAGAAAUACCUGGGUCUUCGAAUGUUGCCCCUCACUCUAAACCUCCUUCAAGAGAUGAAAAGGCAAGAUCCAGAUUUCCCUGAUGUGAGUUCUGGAGUUUUUGUAUACGAAGUGAUUCAAGGAACAGCUGCUGCAAGCUCGGGGUUGAGAGACCAUGAUGUAAUUAUCAGCAUAAAUGGGCAACCUGUCACCACCACAACUGAUGUCAUUGAAGCUGUUAAGGACAAUGACUUUCUCUCCAUCACUGUGCGUCGAGGAAGUCAAACCUUGUUUCUGACAGUCACACCUGAGAUAAUCAAUUAAGUAUCUUACUUUGAAAAACUGGCUAGCAAAACCAGUUGUGUUACCUGGUUUGUAUUGAAGUGGCAAAGAUGGCAGGGGCUUUAGGACAUCAAGAAAAACUGAUGUUUUGAAUGCAUGAACACGUUUGUAUACACACAUUCACACACACACACACACAUGGAUCUUGAGGUUGAGGGUGCUCCUCUGCUGCAAAAAAACAAACAAAACAGUUCUAAGCCAAGUGGAAGCAGUCAUGUGGUCUGAUAAAAUUUAAAGACAGAAGCAACUGAAAAGCAGGUAAUUCCCAAAUGAAUCUUGUCAGGUUACUUUAGUAACCUCCUAUAUAGUCACAAACUGACAUGUCACACAUAUGUACAAAUAAUCUACCUGCCAAGUAUUAAGAGCCUGAAUCUGGAGUAAAAAGGCAAUCACAUUUUAAACAAUCCUCCUCUGUAUACUCAGUUUCCUAGGUCGUAUCACAUUUUUGGCCAGGGAUUGUGAGUAGAAAAUUCAUCAAUUACAAGACAGAUGGAAACUGAUGACAUCAGAUUAUAACACAGGAAUAUUCUCAAAAUGAUCAUUUUAGAAACAAUUUGGGUCCUCCAGUGUUUCUGAGAACAUCUUCCAUUAAAAUAUGUUUUGAACCAUUUAAGACUUAUACUUUUUUUUUUUUUGAGCUUACAAACACUCAGAGAUUUUACAUAGGUAGAGCUGACUCAUGGCUUAAAUUUUGGGUAGGAAUUUUAGUUACUGUCUUCCAGACUUGGGAGGGUUGCUGGGGAUCAAACCUGGGGACCAGUGUACAUUAGAUAAGGGCUUACCAUCGAGCAUUACAGAAUUUUCUUUUUAAA